AUGGAUCCAUUCUCUAUCGUGGUGGGCACCGUUAGUGUUGCUGAUGUGUGUUUACGGCUCSUCAAUUUUCUGAAGGAUGUUUCUGCUGCUGCUGCAAACGUUCAGCAGGAAAUUGACGGCCUUAUUAAUGAACUGGGUUCACUAGAGACCACUGUCACCUCAGUCGCAGAAGCUUUUGAGGAAGAGACGAACAAAUCUACAAAGCCGUUAUCUCCUCUGAAAGCGGAUAAUAUCGAACGCCUAUGGAAAGAAACCAAAAGAAGCUUGGACGCAUGCCGACAUACUACCUUGCAACUAGACCAGGUAAUACGAGAUAUAUACGGCGAUUCGGGAUCCAAGGUCACUGGAAAAAUAGAUAGCUGGACCAAAGAAUCCAGACGGCGUAACAAAGCCACCGAUCUGCAGCGAAUACGUGAGAAGCUCUCCACGGAGAAGCAUAAUCUUCAGAUCUUGCUUACUGGAAUCAGCCUUUAUCAUCAGAAGUCCUCUCGAGGUACCCUCGAACGCCUAUCUAAAGAAUUGAGAUCAUAUGAUCAAAGCUUCAAGUCGCAGAUUGCAAAGUUGGAGGACCAGCUUAGACUCUCCGAUGGCAGCGAUCCGGAUCAGAACGAGCAAGACCUCGAGUCUUUAUCUCGGUUCAAGCAAUUCCGAAACUCGGUUCGAUUCGUCACCACUGCGGUGUGUACCACGACACCGAAUGAGUUCUUCGAUAUCCCGCAACCCGUUAGUAGCGUUUACACGGGGCGAACAUGGUUUCUGAAAGAGCUACAGGAUAUUCUUCUCAAGCAGAUGAUGGAAAUACAUGCUCAAAAGCAAUUGCGUUUUGUAGUAUACGGCAUUGGAGGAUCGGGGAAGACUCAAUUUUGUUCCAAAUUUGCCGAGCAAAAUCGAGAAAGUACUCGCGAACGAGCCAAACAGACCUACGCCGAGAUUGGGAAACAUGGACACGUUGAUCCUAAUCAGACAGCUGCCAUGCAUUGGCUUUCAAAUCGCGAAGAACGGUGGCUUCUCCUUAUUGACAAUGCCGAUGAUCCUCAUAUCGAAUUGCAAGAAUACUUCCCCAAAGGCGACAGAGGCUACAUCAUCAUCACAACGCGAAACCCAGCCCAUAAGGUGUACGGUAACGUCGGGCCAGGCUAUUUCGAGUUCCAGGGUAUGGAACAUGAUGACGCCAGUGCUCUUUUACUACGAACGGCACAAUUGGCCCAGCCUUGGGAUGUUGAUUCCUCCACGUGGGCUACUAAAAUCACAAAACAGCUUGGUUUUCUUGCUCUCGCUGUCAUUCAUGCUGGGGCCGCAAUCUGUUCUGGACUAUGCACUCUCAAGGAUUAUCUGACUUUUUAUGAUAAGGACUGGGAGAGAAUACGUCGUAUACGAAAGUUGUCCUUUAACUCUGGAAGUGAGGACAAGCAAUAUAUGAGCGCACUCGCGACAUACGAAGUUUCUUAUACUUGGAUCGAGAAGAAAGAGACUGAGGCUUCGAAAGAUGCCAUCCAAUUGCUGAAGAUGUUUUCUUUCUUCUACUAUAAGAAUAUACCGUUCGACAUUCUAAGAAGAGCGAUCGUCAAUUGUGAGAUCGAAAAGGUUCAACAGCAACAGAGAAACCAAGAAGAGCGAGAAUGGCCGUUAACUUGGCAUCAGCGUUACCGUAAUAUACGUCUUCUCGUACUAGGCUUCAUGAUGAGAGAGCGUGGUCCUCCUGUAUUGCCGCAUAUCGUACGAGAUGGCCGUGAAUCUGGAUUCUUUGACGAAGUCAGAGUGCGAUAUGCACUGAGAGAACUUGUCCAAAUGUCGCUGAUCACGUAUCACGAAUCCAGCGAUAGUUACUCCAUGCACCCUUUGGUUCACAAAUGGGCGCGAGAGAGACCCGAAAUGACAUUUUCAGAUCAGGCUGUAUGGGCUGAAGCUGCAAAUUUGACGCUGGCCCACUCGAUCCUCCUGCCGCCCUUGGGUGUGACUGAGGCUGACGAGGUCUUCCGCAGAGAUAUCUUACCGCAUAUCGAUCAUGCACGCAGCUGCCAACAAGCUAUAGUUCAUAAAAUUACCGAAAAUAGGAAGCGACGCUGGUUUGGAGUCGUACAAUGGCCCGGUGCAGGUUCAAUGUUUGGCCCAACACAAGCCACACUAUACGCAAAAUUUAGCCUUGUCUUUGCGCAAAACGGGCGGUGGAAUGACGCCGAAAUACUUCAGUUGGCAGUCAAAAAGUAUACCGACAGCGUUUUGGGAUUGGAUCAAGCAGUCAGUCGGCGUAUAACGUUAGCAUUGGCACUUACCUACUGGAGUCAAGGCCGGGGCGAUGAAGCGGCAGAUUUACAGGAAACCGUCCUGCAGGCAUGUAUGUCAUCGUUAGGACCCAAUAGUGGCGAAACUCUGACAACGAUGGAUCUUCUGGGGCAAGCCAGAUGGCAACAAGGAAGAUAUAGUGAAGCUAGAAUGCUUCAACAGCAUGCAGUCGAUGGCCUCAUCAAAUUAAGAGGCCUGAUGCAUGAGGAUACCCUUAGCGCUAUGGGUAGCCUUGGGAGAACGAUUGCCAAAUUCUACGACAAUGAGAGCCUGGAGGAAGCCAGACGGAUGCUGACAACCGCUUUUGACGGGAUGAGCGAAAUCCUAGGCCCAACACACCUGAAGACAUUGACCGUCAAGGAGGAUCUGGCUCUGCUUGCUCUACAGUUAGAGGUAGAGGAGCAGUUACCAUUAGCUGAAAAGAUGGAGCAAGAAGUCCUUGAUUGUCGCAUGGUAAAAUUGGGUAAAGAGAACCCAUACACGCUACUCGCCAUGGCGCAGUUGGCCAGAAUCAAAACUGCAUUAGGUCAGCAUGAUGAGGCAAAAACACUCGUUUGCAGCGCCUUGGAGGUUGCGGAUCGUAAUCUAGGCGAAAGACAUAUUGGAACCUUAAUGGGAAGGACGGUACUGGGAAUAAUAUUGAUCAAUCAACAGAAGUUGAAAGAGGCCGAGAGAACGCUGUGUAUUGUGAUCGAAAACCAGCGUCAUCUUUCACAACAUAGAGGCGACUUUCAUCCGGAUAGGUUGGGCGCCAUGAUUGAGCUUGCUAGAUGCUAUGAAUUGCAAAAUGAGUUCGAUGAAAGCAUCCGGCUUUGCGAUGAAAUAAUUGAGGGGCUUCGGACUAUAAGUCUGAAGCAGCAUCCUCUUGAAAGGAAAAUGCAGCUACAAAAGUCCAAGUUGCUUGAGCUUAAGCGCGGACUCAAGGGGAGGAACAAUGCCAACCAAAGCGGCGAUGCAAAUCAAUAA